UCCUAAACAUCCGUAUAAAAUAUUAUUCUAAAUAUUAAAUAAAAAUCGAGCAUUAAUCGAACAUGCCAAGAAAUUUUGUAUUAUAAGUAUUAAAUUUCGCCAUUUUUAUGUCCAUUAAUAAUGUUUGCUAACCGGUUCUCAUUCUUGUCAAGGCUAUCUACUGCAUUUUCAAAUACCUUAAAGACGAAUCUCGUUACGUCGUCUUCUGCAGGAAUAGUCUCAAGAACUCGACAAACAAAUACAAAUAUUUCUCGUCUUAAUUCCUCACUGGCACUGGAAAAAUCCACCGUACAGGAAGCAAAUAAACAGAUUGAAUCCGGCACCGAAGGCCGGCUUUUUGCGAUAGUUCAACUAUGUGGCAAACAGUUUAAGAUAACAUCCGGGGAUAUCAUCAUCGUGGAGGGCUAUUGGCCACCGACAAAUGGGGAAAGGAUUCGAUUGGAUAAGGUAUUACUGGCAGGGGGUAAGGAUUUUUCCCUGAUCGGUAGACCUCUUGUACCCCACGGAUUGGUAGAUGUUCAGGGAACUAUCAUUGAAAAAUCCCUGUCGCACACGAGGACACACUUUAGAAAGAAGCGAAGGAAGCAAUACAUGAGGAUUAACUUCUUCCGAACUCAGCAAACAAUGAUUCGCAUUAAUUCAAUUGAAUUGAAUCAGCAAGGAAUCCGAGAGCAGGAUGAAUCACCGGAUCCAUUCAAGAACAAUUUUUUCUAGUUCCAUUGAGUUUUUGAAAUAAAUUUAGUCAAUCAACUGAUA